AUGAGUAAGUGGGAAAGGCCCAGCGCAACAGCUAGCUCCUUUGCUACCGUUGUCCUCUUCAUAGUUGCGAGCCGCUAUCUGCCCCUCAUACGCUGGGCAUUGAAGUUUCUCUAUCUCUCCCUGGGAGUAACUGCUUCUGCUGAAGUUGGCGGCCGUCUCCUUUUCUCCCGUGGGCUGACCAGCUCUUCGCGUCCCCGCAAGUACUAUACCAUCCCCAAGGACACCGUCGAAAGCUUCUUGGAAGACCUUGAGAGCCUAGUGGACUUCUUUCUCAUCGAGUUUCAGCGCAUCCUCUUCGUUGAGAACCUUUCUUACACCGUUUUGGCAUUUGUUACAGCCUUGACUUCGUACUGGCUGGUAAUGUUCUUGCCCCUAUGGGGUUUGGCCUUAAUUGCUACCUGUGUUGCCUAUUUGGCCCCGCUAGUCUACAUCACCAACAAGGAACUCAUCGAUAGCCAGCUUGGAAGCGCCCAAGAAAUUGUCGCCACUCAAGCUUCCCAUGUGAAAGAGAUGGCUGAAACUCAAACUGCACAGGCCACCGACAUUGUCAAACAAUAUGUAGGUGAUUAUCGAGCUAAAGCCAAUGGAUAUAUCGGAUCCACUAGUACUCCUGCAGCAGCUAUCACUGCGCCUGAGGCCGCACCUAAGGCAAUCUCUGAGGCUACCGAGAAACCUACCCAGGAACCUGAACCUGCACAAGAAUCCGUUCAAGAAUCGGUCCGGGAAACCGUUCAGGAAGAUACUCACGAACCUACCGCGGAAGCUAGCACUCUCCCAGAUGUUCUACAAGCCAAAGAACUCAACGGACUCCCUGGCCUGCAACAAGUUGUCCAUGCAGACUUUCCUGACGCCCCAGCGGACGAGCCCGUUGGCGAAGUCAAAGAGGCAGGCAAGGCACCAGAAUUGGUCCAUAUCUCUUAA